AAGGUCAGAAGAAAGAAGAAGAAAAGUAACAGGGAGAAAAAGGAAAAGGGAGAAGGAAAGAAGAAAAAACGUUCAAAAGACAUUGAAGAGGAGUCAGUGGAUGAUGGAUCAGAGAGAAAUGAAAGAGGAAAGAGGAGGAGAACUGAAAAGAAGGACAAACAUAAAAGCAGGAGUGAAAGAAAGGAAGGUGAAGUCAAAGAAAGGGUGGAAAAGAAAGUAAAAGAGAAGAACAUGAAAAAUGAAAGAGUAAAACAAAAGGUAGAGCACGUGGAAGAAGUUGAGGAUAAAAAAGCCAAGAGGAAGCACAAAGAUGAAAGUGCCAAAAAAGAAGAGAGAAAAAAGAAUGACUGGAAACAUGAAGUGAAAGAAAAAACAAAGGAUGUGAAGAAAAAAAAGCACAAGAAAAUAAUUGAAACAAGUUCAGAGCAGGAGACAAGUGAAGAAGACACCAGCGAGGAGGACGACAGUGACGAGGAAGACUUGAGUCCACAGUCACUGACGGCUGAGGAUCUGCAGGAGCUUAAAGAGGAAGUGGACGACAGGAAGAAACUGAUCCAAAGUCUUCGGGGGAAGCCUUGGCCCAUGAAAAAGAAGCUGUCAACUUUACGGGAGUCUCAGGACUUUGUGGAGAAGUAUGAAGGAGCUUUGGGCAAAGGGAAAGGUAGAAAGUUCUACGCUUACAAGGUCAUGAUGAGCAAGAAAUGGAUGAAGUUUCAACGGGAUUUUGAAAACUUCAAAACGGCAUGCAUCCCCUGGGAGAUGAAAAUCAAGGAGAUUGAAAGUCACUUUGGCUCCUCUGUUGCCUCCUACUUCAUCUUCUUGCGGUGGAUGUACGGCAUCAACAUGAUCUUGUUUGGUCUGACCUUUGGCCUGGUCAUGGUGCCAGAGGCAUUGAUGGGGAGGCCCUAUGGCAGCAUCCCAAGAAAGACUGUCCCCAGGGCUGAGGAAGGGGGUGCAAUGAACUUUGCUGUCCUGUGGGACUUUGGGGGUUACGCCCAGUACUCUGUCCUCUUCUACGGUUACUACAAUGAUCAGCGUUCCAUCGGCUGGCUCAAGUUCCGUAUGCCUCUGUCUUAUUUCUUGGUUGGAGUGGGCACAGUGGCCUACAGCUACAUGGUGGUGAUCAGAACGAUGGCUCGUAAUGCAAACGAGACCGGAGUUGGAGACGACAACAGCUUUAAUUUCAGCUGGAAAACGUUCACAAGCUGGGACUACCUGAUAGGGAACGCAGAAACUGCGGAUAAUAAAUUUGCCUCCAUCACUACCAGUUUUAAGGAAGCCAUCUUAGAAGAGCAAGAGAGUCAAAAGGAUGACAACAUUCAUUUGACUCGCUUCCUGCGGGUGAUGGCCAACUUCCUGGUCUUGUGCUGCUUAGCAGGAAGUGGAUACCUUAUUUACUUUGUUGUGCGGCGCUCUCAGAAGUUUGCCCUGGAUGGACUGGACAACCACAGCUGGUGGGAACGGAAUGAGGUAAAUAUGAUCAUGUCAUUACUCGGGAUGUUUUGUCCCAUGCUGUUUGACAUCAUUAGCACUUUGGAAAACUACCACCCUCGAGUCGCCCUGCAGUGGCAGCUGGGCCGCAUCUUUGCCCUCUUCUUGGGAAACCUCUACACCUUCAUCAUUGCACUCAUGGAUGAGAUCAACCUCAAAAGGGAGGAGGAAAAAAUAGUCAAGUUCAACAUAACUCUGUGGGAAGCAAGUCUUUACAAUGGCACCCUCUCGGAAAACAGUACCGUGCCACCUGUUGUGGAUCCUGCUGAUGUGCCUCGCGGACCGUGCUGGGAGACCAUGGUGGGACAGGAGUUUGUGCGACUCAUCAUAUCUGAUACCAUAACAACCUACACCACGCUGCUUAUUGGUGAUUUCCUGAGAGCUGUGCUCGUUCGUUUUUUCAACUACUGCUGGUGCUGGGACCUGGAGGCUGGAUUUCCGUCAUACUCUGAGUUUGAUGUGAGUGGGAAUGUUCUUGGCUUGAUCUUCAAUCAAGGAAUGAUAUGGAUGGGCGCCUUCUAUGCUCCUUGCCUGCCCGCUUUGAAUGUCCUCCGCCUCCACGUGUCCAUGUACCUUCAGUGCUGGGCCGUCAUGUGCUGUAACGUGCCGCAGGAAAGAGUUUUCAAGGCGUCCGGCUCAAACAACUUCUACAUGGCCAUGUUAUUGGUCAUCCUCUUCCUUUCCACCCUACCUGCAAUGUACACCAUUGUCACAAUCCCUCCGUCUUUUGAUUGCGGACCCUUCAGUGGCAAGAAUCGUAUGUUUGAUGUGAUCCAUGAGACUCUGGAGUCAGACUUCCCAGCCUGGUUUGGAAAAGUGUUUAGUUAUGCCUCCAAUCCUGGACUGGUGCUGCCCUUCAUGUUGCUCAUGGUGCUGUCCAUUUAUUACUUGCAGUCCACGUCUAAAAGCUACAAGGCAGCAAACAUUGAACUGAAGAAAAAACUACAGACGCAAAAUGAAGAGAACAAGAAAAAGAAUAAGCUUGCUGCAUUGAAGGCUGCAAUGGAUUUGGAAGAGGCCAGGCAAGCUGCAGAAAAAAACAAGGACAACAAAGCCUUACUGCAAGACCAUGAAAACGGGGAGAGAAACCACAGCAGAGGUCAGAGGUCACAUUGUGGCAAGAAUGGACGCAACUCUCCUGCUGUCAAAGACAAAGUGCGUCCGGCCACCACAGCCCCUGCAUCCAGGAGUUACCGCCAUAGCAACGAUGGGGCUACUAGGUACCUGCCCGGCUUCCCUGGGCAAAGUGAUCAGAAGGUGCACAGGGUGCCAAGCCUGCAGAGACACUGAGAGAGUCAACACAACUCUAAACUGAGCACUUUA